AUGCUGGAGCGUGUUCGUGCAACUAUUUUUGUAAGGCACUAUGAAACGGAAGGCAUUAAAUUUACUGCUGGAGGAAUUAUUUUUGUGUGGUUUUUAUCAAUUAUCUACACAAUUUAUAUAAUUUGUUCAGCCCUAGCUGAUAAUGACGCUUUUGGUCAACCCUUGGGUAUUGUAGCAUUGACCUCCAAAUACAAUGCAACAAUUAUUCUGUAUUCUUUUUAUGCUACACUUUUUAUAUGUGUAGUUAUUACUUUUUGUGAUUUUUUGGUUUAUAGAGCUAAUAAAAGGAUUAGAAGGAAAAGUAGAUGUGAAAAUCCAAAUAUUCCCACAACAUACUCAUUAAGUGCUAAUUACCAGUUGAGAGAAAAUAUUUUCUCAAUGAAACUGAUUUUGCCAUUAGAUGCGGCAUACACUAUCUUAAAUGGUAUUUAUAUGACCGGAGCUGCUAUAUUAAGAAUACACCGUAAUGAAAUGUAUGUAGAGCAGUAUACUAGCAUCUACUAUAUUUUUAUGACGGUAAAUUUAAAAUAUUUUUGGGAACUGUUUGGAUUAGAUACAGGAAUUGGAAAUGAAUUGGAAAGGAUUUAA